AUGGCUGCCCCUCUUAGGUUCUACAUUCUCUUGUCUCUCACUCUCAUCUCUACUCACUUAACCACUAUCCAUGGAGUGUUCUCAGAACAAUCCCACAUCAUGUUACCCACAUAUCAUCACCACACAGAGAAAAUGACCCGUUUGCACUUCUUUUACCAUGAAACCCUAGAGCCCCAAAACCCCACUGUUGUGCAAAUUAUUGAUCCACCAAACAGUUCCAAAAAUGCGUUUGGAUCCACUUUCAUGAUGGACAGCAUUUUGACUGAAGGAAAAGAGCUAAGUUCAAAGCCUGUUGGAAGAGCUCAAGGGUUGUUUGGUUUGGCUUCAUUGGAGGACAGUGGAAUGGUGAUGCUGAUCAAUUUUGUUUUCACUGAGGGUGACUAUGCAGGUAGCACCCUUAGCCUUCUAGGGAGGAACCCUGUUCAGGACACAGUUAGAGAAAUUCCAAUAGUUGGAGGCACUGGUGUGUUCAGGUUUGCUAAGGGCUAUGCCAUUCUAAAGAGUCUUUGGGAUAUUUCCUCAGCCAAAGACUUUGUUGUGGAGUAUAAUAUCACUGUUUCUCAUCCCUAG